AUUCCCUUCAAUGAAUUAACUUCAAUCAUCAUUGCUGGGUUGAUUAAAUUAACAAGUUGUAUUUUCUGUUGAUAAUCUCGAUUACCAUUGUUCGUGUUUCUUCGGCAAGCAUUCGGCUUUGAAUUUGAUGAGGUUGUGUCAGCGCUCCACCCAAGUUCAUGAUUUUAAAGGGUAUAGCUCAGCUUGGGAGUGGAUUUACAGGUGUUUUCUGCAAUGAUUCAUAUAAAUAGUAGCAAAAUCGUAUACCAAAUUCGUUGAGAAGUAACUAACUGGUAAAAGAAGGCGCACUUCCAAUAGCUAAUUUCAUUACAGAGCAUACAAUAGUCGCUAGUAUCCCAUGAUGGGAACUCCACAUCUUGCAUUAAUGACUGAAAACGAGUGGCCAAAAGCAGUUUAUUGGGCGAAAUAUGGGUCGCUCUGCAUGCCCGACUUGUUUGCAUAUUCGGAGUCUGUGUCUGCAUGCUGGCUUUGUCUUUGACUAUCGGAUCGGAGCACUAUAAAUAGUCAAUCGGGGGACCAGAGUGACAGCAUUAGCCCCUCGGUCAACAAACCAGCAGCAGCAACAUGUACAAGCUCCUCCUCGUCGUCGCCCUUGUCGGAUGCGCCCUGGCCGCGCCACUGAACGAUGAUGUCAUCACCAAGUUCCUGGCCAACCAGGAUACGGACGGCACCUACGCCUACGACAUCGAGCAGGCUAGCGGUAUCCAGAUCAAGGAGCAGGGUCUUGCCGGCCACAGUGCUCAGGGAUCCUUCGCCUACACCUCCCCCGAGGGCGUUCCCGUCCAGGUGGUGUACACCGCCGACGAGUUCGGCUUCCACCCACAGUCCAACUUGCUGCCCACUCCCCCACCAAUCCCAGAGGAGAUCCUGCAGUCCAUCCGUUACAUCCAGGAGCACCCCACUCCCGAGGAACUGGCCGAUCGCGAAGUUCGCGCCAGGCAGAUCUAGAUCUGGAUUGAAAAUAGUAAUCUUAAGCUUGCCAAAGUAGUCUACACACGAUGUGUUCAUCAUCCCAGCCAUUCGAUUAAACCAC